CCACACCUGCUAAUCACGCAAUUAAACUAAUCACACUCGCCUCGCUACUCGCUAACCACCACCCACGCUCAACAACAACAAAAAGAAAAGGAUUAAAAAAAGCAGUGGGGAUUUUGGGAAGCAGAGAGAGAGACGACGACGAACACAGUGAAAAGAUAGAGAGGAAAGGGGGCGAUCCAAUCGCGUCGCGGCUGCUCCGAGUUGGGAGGGAGAGAGAGGAGAGGAGAGGGGAGGCGGGGUUAAAACCCUAGUUGCUGGCCGGGUGGAUUGGGAGAUGAAGAUCCAGUGCAACGCGUGCGGGGCGGCGGAGGCGCGGGUGCUGUGCUGCGCCGACGAGGCGGCGCUCUGCACGGCGUGCGACGAGGAGGUGCACGCCGCCAACAAGCUCGCCGGGAAGCACCAGCGGGUGCCGCUGCUCUCCGACGGCGGCGCGGCGGCGGCCGCGGCCGCCGCGCCGCCCGUGCCCAAGUGCGACAUCUGCCAGGAGGCUUCUGGAUAUUUCUUCUGCCUGGAGGACCGUGCACUUCUUUGCAGAGAUUGUGAUGUUUCUAUACACACAGUAAACUCCUUUGUUUCGGUACAUCAAAGAUUCCUACUAACAGGUGUUCAAGUUGGCCUUGAUCCUGCUGAUCCAGUCCCACCUAAUGCUGAGAAGCAUGUUAAUACUGCUGAUGGAUCAGUGGAUUCUCCAACUAAACAUCUGCAAAGGAAUCCUACAGCCUUAUUAUCUGGUGAAAGCAGUGUAUCCUUGGCCAGCCAAAAUGCAAUCAAUGGAGAUUAUUCUAAGCAGAGUUCUGUUACAAAUACCAGGACAGGAGCAGUUAAUUGGACUAUGAGCAACAACACAAUUAGAUCAAUAGACACUCCACCCAAGUACUCAUCAGAGGAAAGUCCAGCACUUGUUUUAGCUGGCCAAACCAACACCAUGGCAGCAUACUCUAAUCAAAUCAGCAAAGAUAGUGAUCGGGUCUACAACUUACCAUUCACAGGUGGUAAUGGGUCAGACUGUCUACAUGAUUGGCAUGUUGAUGACUUCUUCAAUAACUCAGAAUUCGGCUUUGCUGAUCAUAGUUCUUCUAAGGUUGACAGUGGCAAGCAAGGGAGUGCUGGGGGAUCUCCACAGUGCCGCCUGGCUGAAGGCCUGUUUGCGGAAGGACUGCUAGGUGACGAAUUCCUUACCCGAGUGCCUGACAAUCCAUGGACAGUGCCCGAGGUGCCCUCACCACCAACAGCCUCUGGUCUCUAUUGGCAAAAUAAUUUGCUCUGCCCUUCGUAUGACAGCACCAUGUUCGUCCCUGAGAUUUCCUCCCUGGAGAACUCUCGGAACAACUUCACUGUAUCUGCUGGUCUGAAGCGCCGAAGGAGACAGUUUUGAUUCGCUGGUAGAAUCAUACCUUUCGGUUCAGCUGGCAGGUCAUGUUGAAAGGAGGGCUUCUUGCCUGCCUGACCAAAGCCAACAAAGCACACGGCUGGAUAAUCAUCCAGUGAUCAAGUCUAAAAAUAUGUUGUACUGUUUCGUGUUUUGUUUGUAUACGUUGUUGCUGAAGAUUUGAGGCGAGUGGAUUGUUGUGAGAUCUGGGAUGACAGAUUUGUUGUUACCAAAUUUUGUGAAUAGUGAAAUAAAAAGAGCCUGGAAAGAUCAUAUAAUUCACGAGUCGGCUGUUA